AUCCGCCUCUGGCGAUUCCUGCGUUUUUCACAUAGAAAAUGAUGCUACAAAAUUGAAUUCCUUAGAUAUUUGAGAUACUUUUUGAUCCACCCCUUGACAUUUGUAAUCUAAUAUACUAAAUUUAAGUUGCAAUCAUUCUAAUCAUUCAUGAUUUAUUAUUGUAAAGUAAUUUCAUGAACAAAAAUUUCCAUUCAUAGUUUUUGGGAUUUUAAAUGUUCCCCCAUAACGUAAUGAAAAUUGAACCAAUAGCGGGUAGCCAUAUGGACAUGAGUUUAUUUGUUGAAUUUUGAUUGGGUGCGCUGCAACGUCAUUGAUCGUGAUUUCAGUUCACAUUUCAGUUUUAACAACACGUCAGUUUCUGAAAGAUUUUUCGAAGUUAGCAGCCGGUGUUUUUAACAACAUAAAACCCGAGGGCAAUUUUUAUAAGUUGGAUGCAAUAAGUUCGAAACAAUUUGCUGCAAAAUGAAGCAGUAUUUGUUUUUUAUUCUAGCCCUUUUUACUCUAAUUGGGUUUGCAAAAUGUGAUAAGUCCGGAGAACCAUCAAUCGAAAAAGUUGAUUUAGAUCUAGGAGCAAGCAGAGAUGGAUCCAGAACAGAUGAUGAAGUUGUUAAAAGAGAAGAAGAGGCAAUCAAACUUGAUGGUCUCAAUGUUGCCCAACUUAAAGAAUUAAGAGAAAAGUCUGAGAAAUUCCAAUUCCAAACAGAAGUUAAUAGAAUGAUGAAACUUAUUAUUAACUCUUUGUAUAGAAAUAAAGAAAUUUUCCUAAGAGAAUUGAUUUCAAAUGCAUCUGAUGCCAUAGAUAAAAUUAGAAUGCUCUCCUUAACAGAAAAGGGUGUACUAGAUGCACAACCAGAACUAAAUAUUCGAAUAAAAGCAGACAAAGAUUCUGGAAUGCUUCAUAUAACAGAUACUGGUAUUGGUAUGACUAAACAGGAUUUGGUAAAUAAUUUGGGAACCAUAGCAAAAUCUGGAACAGCAGAGUUUUUGAGCAAGAUGCAGAAUUCAGAGACGUCACAAGAUAUGAAUGAUAUGAUUGGUCAAUUUGGUGUAGGAUUUUAUUCUGCUUUCCUGGUCGCUGAUAAGGUUAUUGUAACCUCUAAACAUAACAGCGAUAAGCAAUACAUCUGGGAAUCUGAUUCAGCUUCAUUCAGCAUUGUUGAAGAUCCUAGAGGCGAUUCAUUAAAGAGAGGAACCACUGUCAGUUUGGAAUUGAAACCAGAAGCUAGAGAUUUCUUGGAACAUGAUACUGUUCGUAAUUUGGUAAAGAAAUACUCUCAAUUCAUCAACUUCCCCAUCUACUUGUGGACCAGCCACACAGAAACUACUGAAGAACCAUUGGACGAAGAUUUGUCUGAAGAAAAACCGACUCCCAGUGAUGAAGAUGAUGCAGCAGUUGAAGAGGAAAAGGAAGAAGACAAGCCAAAAACCAAGAAAGUUGAAAAAACAGUUUGGGAUUGGGAAUUGUUGAACGACAGCAAACCAAUUUGGACCAGAAAACCUGCAGAAGUUGAAGAUAAGGAAUAUGAUGAAUUCUAUAAAGCAUUGACCAAGGAUACCAAAGAACCACUAACCAAGAUUCAUUUUGUUGCUGAAGGAGAAGUGACUUUCAAGUCUUUGUUGUAUGUUCCUCAAGCUCAGCCAUCAGAAAGUUUUAACAGGUAUGGAACUAAAACUGACAAUAUUAAAUUGUACGUCCGGCGUGUAUUUAUCACUGAUGAAUUUAAUGAUAUGAUGCCAUCAUAUCUCAGUUUUAUCCGUGGUAUUGUUGAUUCAGAUGAUUUGCCAUUAAAUGUUUCUCGUGAGACUUUGCAACAACAUAAAUUGAUCAAGGUAAUCAAGAAGAAAUUGGUACGUAAGGUUUUGGAUAUGCUUAAAAAGCUUCCCGAAGAGGAAUAUGAAAAAUUCUGGAAAGAAUUCUCCACCAACAUUAAGUUAGGAGCCAUUGAAGAUCCUUCCAACCGCACCAGAUUGGCCAAACUCUUGAGAUUCUUUUCAUCUAAUGGAUCAGGUACCACUGGCUUGGCUGAUUAUGUCAACAGGAUGAAACCAAAACAGGACAAAAUCUUUUAUAUUGCUGGUUCUUCAAAGGAAGAAGUUUCCAAAUCGCCUUUUGUUGAAAGGUUGUUACGUAAAGGGUAUGAGGUGUUGUACUUGGUAGAAGCGGUAGACGAAUACGCCAUCUCUGCCAUCCCAGAAUAUGAAGGCAAGAAAUUCCAAAACGUCGCCAAAGAAGGUUUCAGCCUUACAGAAGCUGAGGGAGGCAAAGAACAGUUGGAGGAAUUGAAGAAAACUUUCGAACCGCUUACCAAAUGGUUGGGAGAUGAUGCUUUGAAAGAUGAUGUUGCUAAAGCUCAAGUCUCAGAAAGAUUGUCAGACUCUCCUUGCGCUCUAGUAGCAAGUUUAUUCGGCUGGACCGGAAACAUGGAAAGACUAGCAGUAUCCAACGCUCACCAAAAGGCCGAUGACCCUCAAAGAACUUACUACCUCAACCAAAAGAAAACUUUAGAAAUUAAUCCCAGGCAUCCUUUGAUGAAAGAACUUCUCAAGAGGGUGGUGGACGAUCCGACUGACCCAACAGCCAAAGAUAUGGCUAAAAUGAUGUUCAGAACGGCUACUUUAAGAUCUGGUUACAUGUUGAGGGAAACUGCCGAAUUUGCUCAGUCCGUUGAAGCUAUGAUGAGGAAAACGCUUGGUAUACCGCUUGAUGAACAGGUCGAAGAAGAAGAGGAUCUUCCUGAAGAUUCUAUGGGCGAUGAUGAAGAAAUUGAUGCUGAUUCUGAAUCUAAAGAUGAUGAACAUGAUGAACUUUAAGUGUUUGUGUGAGAUUGUGUGUGUACAAAUGAUUGUAUGAUGUUUAAAGACUGUAAUAUUGAUUUUUUUGUACUUUUUGUUUUUCAAUAAAAAUUAUUAUUUAUUUUUAAUAUG